AACCAAUAAACCAAUCAAACCUUUUCAAACUUUGAACACACACUGCAUUCUCCUCCUCAAUACUCGUCUCUCGUGUCACUUUCUCAUUCAAAACCCUACGAUUCCGAAGCAAAUCAACCUCUUCAUUUCUUCACCAACAACUAAAAACCCUUGAUCACAUACACUACAGGUGGAUUUGGUGUUGUAAUAAUGUCAAGGAAGAUGCUGAACGAUGGAGGUGUGGGAAGUGGUGGUGAAAGUGAAGACAAUCAGUAUGAUUUUGAUUUGUUUGUGAUUGGUGCUGGCAGUGGUGGUGUUAGGGCUUCCAGAUUUUCAGCUCAGUAUGGAGCUAAGGUUGGGAUUUGCGAGCUACCAUUUCAUCCAAUCAGCUCAGAGACUAUAGGAGGUGUUGGAGGAACGUGCGUGAUUCGUGGGUGUGUUCCUAAAAAGAUUUUGGUCUAUGGAGCGACUUUUGGGCCUGAAAUUCAGGAUUCAAGGGAGUAUGGAUGGAAAGUCAACGAGACGGUUGAUUUUGAUUGGAAAAAGCUACUGCACAAGAAGACGGAUGAAAUAGUGAGGCUAAAUGGGAUAUACAAACGCUUACUUUCAAACGCGGGAGUCAAACUUUUUGAAGGGGAGGGAAGAAUUGUGGGGCCGAAUGAAGUGGAAGUCAUACAAUUAGAUGGCACCAAAUUGUCCUACUCAGCAAAGCAUAUACUCAUAGCAACUGGUAGCAGGGCUCAACGUCUAGAUAUCCCUGGACAGGAGUUAGCUAUAACAUCUGACGAGGCUUUGAGCUUGGAGGAGUUACCAAAGCGCGUUGUUGUACUUGGGGGAGGGUAUAUUGCGGUUGAGUUUGCUUCAAUUUGGCGUGGGAUGGGUUCCACGGUGAAUCUAUGUUUUAGAAAGGAACUUCCUUUAAGGGGUUUUGAUGAUGAAAUGAGAGCUUUGGUUGCAAGAAAUCUUGAAGGAAGAGGCAUAAUUUUGCACCCACAGACAAAUUUGACACAGCUGGUGAAAACAGCGGAUGGCAUUAAAGUUACUACAGAUCAUGGUGAAGAAUUAAUGGCAGAUGUUGUACUUUUCGCCACUGGGCGGAUCCCAAAUACAAAGAGGUUAAAUUUACAAGCUGUAGGUGUUGAAGUUGACAGUAUAGGAGCAGUGAAGGUUGAUGAGUAUUCUCGCACUAAUGUGCCUAGCAUAUGGGCCAUAGGUGAUGCUACAAACCGUAUGAAUCUUACACCUGUCGCCUUGAUGGAAGGAACAAUGUUUGCUAAAACCGUCUUUGGUAAUGAACCUAGCAAGCCCGAUUAUAGCAACAUCCCUUGUGCCGUUUUUUGCAUACCACCUCUCUCUGUUGUUGGACUAAGCGAAGAACAGGCCAUAGCGCAAGCUAAAGGAGACAUAUUGGUGUACACGUCAACAUUUAAUCCUAUGAAGAACUCCAUCUCUGGACGACAAGAGAAGACACUCAUGAAGCUUAUCGUUAGUGCUGAGACCGAUAAAGUUAUCGGUGCGUCGAUGUGUGGGCCUGAUGCGGCAGAAAUUAUGCAGGGCAUUGCUGUUGCACUCAAAUGUGGAGCAACAAAGGCACAAUUCGAUAGCACGGUGGGGAUACACCCGUCGUCUGCUGAAGAGUUUGUUACAAUGCGCUCAGUCACAAGGCGUAUUGCUGCAGCUGGUAAACCGAAGACCAACCUCUAAACUUGAAUCGGUUGGUCGUUCCUCACAACUCACAUCCAUAGAGAAAACGGGUACACAUUAUUUUGAUUCAAUAACUUAAACUUUUCAUGUCACUAUCGAUUAUUGUUAGCAUGUGAACGAUGUAUCGUGUUAAGUUUCUCAUAUGUGAGCUUUUGGGUUUUUUGGAACGUGUCGAUAGGAAUUGGAAUGGAAUAGAAAAGGUAAUGGAUUGAGUAAUGGGGUCCUUUAUGGUUUCAUUAUUAUGUUUGUUUUGUAGUAUAAAGUUUCGAAUUGAAGGAAA